AUGUCAAGUUGGCAACGUCUUUCUGGAUAUUUAAAUUGUAAACCAACUGGACCAUUUAAACGAUUGAAAGGAAUUCAACGUCAUUGGUAUGUAUUUGAAGAGUCCACAUUGAAAUUAUUGGCUUAUCGUAAUGAAAUGGAUGCAGCUAUACCAGAUAAGGAGCCAUUGAAAAUAAUCAAUAUUCAUGGAGCGGUAUUUUACAUUGAUCCAGUUGAACAUAAUCAGUUUAGUAUUAUUUCCGAUGGCAAAGAACAUAUUCUUCAAGCAGAAACCGAGGAUGCAAUGCUAUUGUGGCUUCAUGUUUUACAAACAAGAAGAAAUGAAGUAGAACCAACAAAUGAAACAGAAAUUUCACCGAUCAAUGAUGAUAAUUUAACAGAUUAUAAAAUGUUUCGUCAAAAUUCACUCAUGAAAAUUCAAACGUCAAUACCAACCAAAUUACCAUCAACUACAUCAUUAGCUGAAUUAAACGAAUCUUUCACAUCAAAUGGUUCAUUGAAUAAUUCACGUCAACAAAAUAUGAAAAUUCGCAAAUUAACAAAACAAGAAUCUAUUGAACAAUUGAACGAAAUUCAAGCGGCACUUCAAAACGUUCCGUCAGAUCAACAAACAUUAAAUAUAUUUAAUUUAUCAUGGAUUUCAUCUAUGGAUAAUAUCAGUAGUAGUAGUAGUAGUAUAACAAAUAAUACUCAAAAAUCCACAUCAAAACGUUUAUCAUUCACUAGAUCGAGUUCAUAUGAUUCUGAAAUAGUGAAACGACAUGUUAGUGAAAUACAAUUGAAUGAAAAAUAUUUAAGAACAAGUAUAUCAAAACCGAACAAUAAUAAUAAUUAUAUUUUACAAAAUUCUAUCGACCAAUCAAUUAUGAAAUCUAUGUCACCUCGUGAUCAUAUUAUGAAUGUACCAAUUAAGGAAGAGAAUGAAGAUGGUUUAAUUGAUGAGAAAUUGUGUUAUGAUCAAGAAUUAUUGAAAAAAAGCGGGAAAAAUCGUAGUCUACCAAGAACAACAAUGAAAGUAUUAGAUAAUUUAUCAGAAAAUAAAUUUCAAGUAACUACUAAUCAACAACCAGGAGAAUUGAUGUCACAAAAUGAUCUAAAGGCGAAUGAUGUAAAUUUAUUGAGCGAGAUCAAUAAAGAAUCGAAGGAAAACAUAUCUACUACAAAUUCCCCUGAAUCGGAUGAAUCUAAUCAAACUGAAAAAGAAAAUCAAAAUGUCAUAACAAAAACUGAUAAUCACUUUUUUGGUAAUUCACCAGUUAAAGAAAAUAAAUAUGAAGAUUUGUCACCCGAAUCAAUUGUCACAUGUAAAUAA